GUCAAUUCAGACUAAAUCCGUUCGAGGCAAAAUGUAAAGAGUAUUAAUAACCAAAAACGUCCAAGACAGGAGUACACAAAUAGCGCGUAUAAUUCACAAAAAGCAAAACUUAACAAAACGACUGAUUUUUUUUCAUGUAACCAGUUAAAUCAAUGCGAUUAAUUAAUUUUUAUACCGUUAUGUUCCUUUAUACAAUCACGCUGUAUGUUGAUAACGAUUGCCCUAUAUAUAAAAGACACUGUCAUUAUACGAUUGUGAUCGAUUUUAUCAGAUAAGCUUCUAAUCUCGCAGCAACGUGAGUAAUAUCUAAAAUAUCGUCGCGCGAGUCAGCUCUCAAACAUGCAAAAAUGAAAGGGAUUUACUUGGCUGUAUUGUUAACGGUUUUCACGUACGUGUUUUUAGCGACAGGUAUCGAAGGGCCACAUUGCUUUCAUUUCACAUGGCCAGGGCCAUCAAUUUCAGAAAAUGAGAUAGACUGCGGUGACCCUGAUGAUGAUGAUGAUGAUGGUGAUAAACCAUUUAAACACACUCCGUGUAUAAAACCAUUGCUUUUUCAGACUACGAAGCCAAAUUUAACUGAUAUGUGGAAAAAUAAUGAAAUUAAAGAAGAUCGCAUGAAACAGAUGGAUGAUGGUAGCGUUUGUGUAAAGUUUACAUACAUGUACAAUGGCGCAGUUAUAAAUGUCAGUUAUUUUCGUGGGAAAGUCACAGAAGUAUUGCCGGUUACAUCAGGCUGUUACGUUCAAUACACUGAAGGAUAUAAUAUCGAAGUGUGUGCCUGUAAAUCUAAAAACAACUCUAUGCCCUGCAACUCAACAGUAAGAAAUACACAUUCACUGUUAAUUAUUUCUGUAGCUACAGUCGUUUCGCUGUUCAUGUAUAAAAUUUUCGUAAUUCCCUGACACUUUCGGCUUAUUCUAUUUCUUCGAUAUGAAUAAUUGUACAAAUUAUAUAUAUUUGAUAUUUAUUACAAUGUAUGUGUGCAACUAUUAAUCAAGCGUAUAUCUUUUUACAAUUUUGUAGAACGCGCAAUAUGUAUUUAAAUUAUAUAUAGAGACCAGUAAAUCAUGUAAUAUAU